UGCUGAUUUGAUUGGAGUGGAUGCAGAUAAUAUUUAUCAUGAGCCUUUCCGCUACAAUAUGGUCAAGACUUACAUCACAGAUACCCAUGAGGCGAACUGCCAUAUCCAAAACACGGACAAUUGUAAAGUUACCGCAUGGCUUGGCAAACAAUGGGCUCGACCGUCGAACAAAUUUGGUCAACCCUAUUGCAGUGCAAGAGACCAUAUAUCAAAGUAGAAAAUUCCUUAUGCACGAACAAAACGAAGGUAUGCAGUUUUUAAACGCACAGGAACUCGAGAAGAACAAUAAUCUUCAUCUCUUAACAGGAGAAUUCAGUAUUGCAAAAGAAAUGUACAACCCAAGUCCGAAAUACCCCGCAGAGAUUGAAUGCAAACUGGCAUCAUACGGGAAGUCCUCAAUCCUCUGUGAAUUCCUGAUGAGAUCGCCCGAUGUUUCCCAUCCAAUAGCUGUUGUCAAAGAUAAGGCCGUACUUGUUUCUGAUUCGUUCACAGAGGUAUGUCCUCUCCCUGAAAUUUGGAAGGAAAGAUUUGGAUCAUAUUACAAGAAAGCAGACAUUUGGUUCGAACCGUUUGCCACUCCUUCUCACAUGAUAUGUAGGGGUGCACAAGUUAAACCUUUUGUGCUCACAGUCCCAAGGCGAGAUGAAGGCACGUACGGGUACGUUACCUCAACUAUGUUAUUGCAGUACUGUCUGGACGCACUGGGGGAUCAUUUUUGCAGGAAUAAAAUCCAUUGUGAAGAAAACAAAGAGUCACUAUUUCUAAAAAAUGCCUCCUACCAUAUCACUGCUUUCGCCGGAGUCGCAGAUACUCUGACAGUGGAAUUAUGGGACGACGAUACCUAUUCUGACGGGGUAUGUUUCAACAUACUCAAAUCUGGAAACAGUGUAUUCCAGUCCCGCAUUCAGUUCUACAGCUAUGGAGAUUUACAGCUGCAAGACAGCCAUGCUUAAGCUUGACACACAAUGAUGUCUUCCAACAAGAACUCUUUGUUGCUUGAAGUACCUACAGAUAUGUAUUCCUUUGUAUUCUUUUUCAUUCAUAUUGUCAAUGUACCUAAAUCAUUCUAUUUGGAAAGUAUGGCUUUUGUUUCCAUUAUGUAUUUAGUAUUCCUACUGUGAAAACAGUUUGCAUUGCAUAAUAGUCAGAAUGAUUUCCUGAUCCUUGUAUUCUAGUUCCUAUUUCAGCAAUUUAUUUUACGAGAAAAUCCACACCUGAUUAAUAGCGCACGUAUUUCACACUGCAACAAACACUUACCGUAUUAUAUUGAGUAAAGUACGCACUUCUUUCAACAAAACACAGCUAUGGAGUAGGGUGCAAUUAUAAUGAGUUUUAAUGCUUGACACACAAUGAGUUCUUUGCUGCUUGAAGUACAGGAACGAAGAUCUACAACUAAUGUUAUGCCAUGUACAUUCCUAUGUGUUCUAUUAAUCGACAUUGUCACUGUACACACAUAAUUCUAUUUGGAAAAUAUGGCUUCUAUUUGCAACAUGUAUUAAGUAUACUUAAUUUGAAAAUAGUUUGCAUGGCAUAACAGCCACAAUGUUUUCCUGGUCCUUGUAUAUGGUCCCUAUUUCAACACUUUAUUUAUUCUACGAGAAAAUUCACACCGCAUCAAGGGGGCACGGGUGGCCAAGUCAUCUAAGGCGCCGCGAUUCAC